CUGUCAAUUUUUAGCGCUUCCCGUGAAAAGUUUGGCUCGAAGUGUGCGAGAAGGUGGAGAUUGGAAAAAAAGACGAAGCAAGCAGUCAGCGAUUAUCUGACGUGAAAACGCUUUUCCUCAUCGAAAAACGAAGAGCUUCUUUCCAGCUGGAGCUUUAAAAUCUGUUGAUCAUUCUGUUGUUUCGUGGAACGAGUAAAUAUUACGCUGAAAUCGGUAGUUCAUUGUAGACCUUCGUUGGACGAGUGACGGAAUUCCCACGGCGUGUGUGUGUGCAUCCCUUCGCAUUUGCUCCGUCAGUGUGUGCCUACGUUUAUGUGUUUGUGCGAGGUGCGCGUGAGUCGCCCCCGUGCUAGAAGUGAAAAAGAGGCACCCAAGUGAGCAAGCCAAGGUCCUCCAAAAACCAUCAUCAUCCUUGUUUUAUUUGCGGCCACCAGUAGCCGUUCGUUUUUUGGUAUAAACCGUCUACAGCACCCGCUUCACCCAUGAUGCAUAUAGUGCAAAUCCUCGAGAAGACCGUCUCGCCAGAUCAGGAUGAGUUGCUUGCGGCGAAAAACUUCCUGGAACAGGCGGCCUCUACCAACUUGGCAGAUUUCCUGCGGGCGCUGUCCGAUGUGCUGGUGUACCCAGGCAACUCGACGGUCGCUCGUAUGGCGGCCGGUUUGCAGCUAAAGAACCACCUGACGAGCAAAGAUCAAACGAUCAAGCAACAGUAUCAAGACCGCUGGCGAGCAUUUCCCGAGGAUGUCAAAGAGUAUAUUCGAAAAAAUAUUCUCGGAACACUCGGUACAGAAGAAUCGCGCCCUUCAUCAGCCGCUCAGUGCGUUGCGUACGUUGCCGUGGCAGAUCUGCCCGUUCACCAGUGGCCCGACCUGAUGCAAAAGCUCGUGGACAAUGUGGUGAAUGAAAAAUCGACGGAAGCGCUGCGUGAAUCGACCUUGGAAGCGAUCGGAUACAUUUGCCAGGACAUCAACUCGGAAAUUCUGGAACACCAGUCAAACCAGAUCCUUACCGCCAUCAUACACGGUAUGCGCAAGUCGGAACCCUCCAACCACGUCCGGUUGGCGGCAACGAAUGCGCUCCACAAUUCGCUUGAAUUCACAAAGGCCAACUUUGAGGAGACGGCGGAGCGGAACUAUAUCAUGGAGGUGGUGUGUGAGGCGACGCAAUCGACCGACACGCAGAUCUGUGUGGCUGCGCUUCAGUGUCUGGUGCGCAUUCUGACCCUCUACUAUCAGCACAUGGAGGCGUACAUGGCGCAGGCCCUCUUCCCGAUCACGCUCGAGGCGAUGAAGUCGGAGAACGAACAGAUCGCGUUGCAGGGCAUCGAGUUCUGGUCGAACGUCAGCGACGAGGAGAUUGAUCUGGCGAUCGAGGCCCAGGAGGCGUCCGAGACGGGUCGUUUGCCGAACCGCGUCUCGAAGUACUAUGCCCGUGGUGCCCUGCAGUAUCUGGUGCCCGUGCUGAUGGAGAAACUGACUCAUCAGGAGGAGUUCGACGACGAGGACGACUGGAAUCCGGCCAAAUCGGCAGGCGUGUGCUUAAUGCUGCUCGCCACGUGCUGCGGCGAAGAGAUCGUGCCGCACGUGUUGCCGUUCGUGAACGCGAACAUCAAAUCCACAAACUGGCGCUUCCGGGAUGCAGCCGUGAUGGUGUUCGGUUCGAUACUGAGCGCUCUCGAGACGGAUCGAUUGAAACCGAUGCUCGAACAGGCAAUGCCGACGCUAAUUGAGCUGAUGUACGAUGAGAGUGUCAUCGUGCGCGACACGUGCGCCUGGACAUUCGGGCGCAUCUGUGAGGUCAUCCCGGAGGUUGCGAUCAAGGAGGUGUAUCUGGAGCCGCUGCUGAAGGCGCUUCUCAACGGUCUGAAGGCGGAACCGCGCGUAGCGACCAAUGUUUGCUGGGCGUUCACCGGUCUGUCCGAUGCUGCCUACGAGGCCGUCAACAUCGAGGAUGAUCCGCCACAGACGUACUGUCUGUCGAAGUACUUCGAUUUCAUCAUCACGAGCCUGCUGGAAGCAACCGACCGACCGGACGGUGGUCAGGGCAAUCUGCGCUCCUCCGCUUACGAAGCGCUGAUGGAGAUGGUGAAAAACUCGCCGCAAGAUUGCUACGUUUCGGUGCAGCGCACGACGAUGGUGAUUCUGGAGCGCAUCAAUCACGUGCUGCAGAUGGAAUCGCACAUUUCCUCGCACAGUGAUCGGCAUCAAUUCAACGACCUGCAGUCGCUGCUGUGCGCCUCGCUCCAGUCAGUGCUGCGCAAGGUAGACGCCAAGGAUGCACCGCAAAUUUCGGACGCCAUCAUGGUCGCACUGCUGACGAUGUUCAGUUCCAGCUCGGGCAAAGUGUGCGGCGUCCAGGAGGAUGCGUUGAUGGCCGUCUCAACGCUGGUGGACCUGCUCGGUGAAGAGUUCAUCAAGUAUAUGGAUGCGUUCAAGGAAUAUCUGUACAUGGGCCUCAAGAGCCACCAGGAGUACCAGGUGUGCUGUACGGCAGUUGGCCUGGCCGGAGACAUUUGCCGAGGCUUGAAGAGUAAGAUCCUGCCCUACUGUGACGACAUCAUGACGCUCUUGCUGCAGAACCUAAGCAACCCGAACCUUCACCGCAGUGUCAAGCCGCAAAUCUUAACCGUUUUCGGUGACAUGGCGCUUGGUAUUGGACCAGACUUCAAGAAGUAUCUGAACGUUGUGCUGCCGAUGCUUGCCGCAGCCACCCAGGUACAGAUCGAUCAACACGACUACGACAUGAUUGAUUAUUUGAAUGAACUGCGCGAAAGCGUACUGGAAGCGUACACUGGCAUUGUGCAAGGUCUGAAGGGCUCGGAUAAGCAGCCAUUGGAAGAUGUUAACGCACUCCUGCCACACGUUCCGUUCAUCGUCAGCUAUAUCGUCUCGAUCGCGAAAGACUCGGAGCUUUCGGACGGCAACAUUGCGAUUGCGGCCGGACUAAUCGGUGAUAUGUGUGGAGCGUUCGGGCCCAUGAUGUUGCAGUUUGUGGAAGAUCCGAGCAUCACCGAGCUGUUGAACGAUGGCAAAAACUCACGCACAAACCGCACGAAAACACUUGCCGGCUGGGCCAUGCGGGAGAUCAAGAGGGUGAAGAAUUUGCCGGUGAACUCGAGUUGGAAAUAGUGAUAUCAAAGUUCCCGAACGUUUUGUGGUGCCAUUUUGUUGCGGGUAUGAACGGACAACCCGCUCUCCCUCUCUUCGUUGUAAUGCGAAACCAUGGGAAGGAGAGAAGCGUUUAUCCUGAAUAGUGUUUGAAUGUUAUAUUUUUAAUGCAUAAUAUGUAUCGAACCAACUCUGUUGUUUGAUACUCUGACGUCAUCGUCACCGGCAUCGAUCACAUACAAACGCAAGUCUUCUCGAUGCUGGCUAAACCGUUCAGUAGAAAAUGUCUUCAAGAUUCGGACUCAGCAUUAAUGGUAACACAAUUAGCUACGCCAACAGUAGCGGCGCUACACCAACCACCACCGUUCCUGCAACAUAAAUUGUACUCGCUCUCAACCUGUAUAGAUACUUUUACUACAAUCGUCACCCAGAACCAAGCGGCGCUACAUUGUUGCUUUUUCGCGACUGCAGAUGAAGCCAACACAAAAUUAGCGUUACGUAGCGAAAAUUUUACUGCUCACCUUGGACACACAUCGGUUAUAGUAGCAACAUCUCAGAUGCAAUCGCAGAUCUAGACGCCCAAAGGACGCGCCUUCCAUCACAAAACAACCAUCCGACGGAAAGGAGAACAUCACCAUGCAAUUUCCAAAAUCCAUAGUAACGCUGGAAAAAUUAGCUAAAAUAUUUCGGGCAGACACGACGUGUGCAAAUUCUGCUGGACAGGGCAAAGCACAGUUAUCGAUGUGUGACCGAUGCCACUACCGUCCAUCUGGUUCAUGGUUCUGCAAAUUCAACAUCUAUUCAUCGGAUUCUUCUCCCCCUUUCCCAACAUCUAAAAUCGAACACCAGCUGCUCCCAAGCACAUCGAACGUUCUCAAGUAAGUCCCCUAUUCUUGAAUGAAAUAGAAACAAUUUCUAGAUGUAUGUCUCUCAGUGCAGGAAUUCUAUCGAUUAAAUUAAAUUAUCUUUAAAAGAGCUUAUACGAUUAAGAGAUGAAGCACACACAACCCCUCUACAUAUACAUUAACACACUAGUUUGAACACAUUUUUGUUAUCGCGUUUGUUCUGAUGUAUUGUUAUUUUUUUACCAUUAAUGAACACACAUAAACAAUUCCAAAACCGAAUCCCGUUAAAUACCUGUUCUAAUUGCCUUCUUGAUUCCCAUGAUCUAUCCCAGCGGAACUAAGCUUUCGUAGUUUUGCUGUAAUUUGCUAGGUGCGAGUAGUGUUCAUGGCUUAUGUUCAUUAUCAUACGCCAAGCACACACACACACACAUAUAUACAGAUUCGAAUUACCAGCUGCCGCUUGUGAUCAAUCGGAAGCAGGUGGGCAUCUUACGAUUGCGAUUGUAAGAGUAAAAAUCGUGAUUAUUAAAACACACCCUCCUUGACAGCUAGUAGGAACCACAUUUGGCAAGGAACUUCAGAAAAAGAAAACAGAAAGUUAGUUCGCACCUGCUGCACCUAAGUAGAUAAAUAGAUGAGCAAUAGAGCAAUAAUGGGAAGUAGGUUACAUUUUCACAAUUAUAUUUAUGUGUAGCUGAAAUCAGAAACGGAGCCAGAAAGUUUAUGAAUCGAUAAAGAGAUCCAUGCAAUAUCCAUUCAUAUAUUACUGAGGGUACACACAUAGAGGCUCUAUGAAAUCUGUAGGAUGUUGCACUAUCGCUGUAGGUUGGGAAAGGUAGCUGGUCUUAAUACAGGCGAAUAGCGAGUCAAUAUUACACAAUACAACGUGUGUGCCAUAGUGAAAGAAAUCAUCAUUAAACAGAGGAAAGAAACAACAGGGACUGAAGCGAAUAGGAGUAGUAGUGUAGCGUUAACAACAGAAGGCAAGAAAAACACAAACUUUCACCGUGGGCACACGUUUAGUUUGCUUUAAGCUAAGUUUUCUUUUUCUUGUUUUUAUUUUCUCAUCCUUAUGCAUCCUCCUUAAUCAAACAAGCUGACCGAGUGAAGUUCCGCAAAGUUGGUUUUUGUAAAAGCAGUUGGAAAAUGGGACACAUUGCAUAUCCUUAGAACCGCUCCCCCUCCCUUCCAUACACAUGUGACACGUGAAACUGUAUGUUACACAAAAUUGAGAAACUUUUAUGCUCAAAAAGCGUGGAACGCUCCCGUUCUCGUUUGCGCUGCAUACAUAAUUCUAUUUUUCUGAUUGAUUUUACACCUUAAAUCCCCCUCGGCUGUUUUCCCCUCCAUUUGUUCUAUGGUUAUAAUUGUUGCCCUUUCCAUUCCAUUCUGUAUUGUGCAGAAUAAUUACGAUGAUGAAUCUUUGAUCACACACUAUAUCCGGAGUUUGCGAAGCAGAUUGCCAAGCGACAUAAUAGUUACUACACAACAGUAUAGGGAAUGAGUAAACCAAUUAUCAGAUACCAUUACACUCGUAGUAUGUAGCUCAAGAAAAGACAAAAAAAAAACAAAAAAAAAGUACGGUAAAGUCAUGCGAAUCUAGUAAUGAUGUGGUGUGUGUGCGCGAUCUGUGCUGUAUGUGGAAUAGAUAGGUGCUGAGUGUGUAUAUGCGUAUGAUGGUGUAUGUGCUGAGUGUGCAUGAUGAAAAAAUGAGGAUGGAAAUGGAGAAAGAAGCGUGCGUGAACGAGAGGUCGAGAGAUAAAGAGAGAGAGAGAAAGAAAAAAAAGAAAGCGAGAGAGAGAAAGAAAGAGAGAGAAAGUGAAAGAGUAUGUAUGAUUGCGUCAAAAGAACAUGUGAGACCGAAUGAUCGAGUCAGUGAGCGUGUGUUGUUUGCGCGUUGUGCGAAGGAUUGCGUUUAUAUGAGAUGAUACUAUGUAUGCACUAUUUCCUCGAGCGUUUUGUGAGCGUGGACAGCGUGUGGAUGAACGCGAUCGCGGUGGAAAUGGUUGAUUGUGGAUGGACGAGCUUAAGGGUUGAUAAAAAAAAAAUGUAUGUUAUUCGUGCUUCACAUCUCCGAGGGUAAACGGAUUGGGUGGUAUUUUGCCUAUUACUAAUAGGAACCUAAAUCCACGCGAUAAACAACGGGAUGAAUGUUGGAAAUAUGAUACUAAAGAGGAUAACAAAAAACUACGCGAGGGGUGUUUAAAAUCGAUGGGGUGGUAUUUAAAGGUGUAAGGUUAGGUGUGAAUUAAUGAAAAAAUCAGAUCGUGUAAGCGAAUGAACGUGAUAUUUAGUAUGUUUUUUUAAUUGAGCGUGAGAGAAUGUGUGUGUGUGUGUGUGUGUGUGUGUGUGUGUAUGAUUGUUAUUGUAUGUAUGACUGCGUAGGUUAAGUUAUGUAUGAAACUGAUGUGUGUGGUGUACGCAUGAGAGGGUAACUUGAAUUGAUACGGAUUAAUAAAUAAAGCUACGGUAAACCCAACACUUUCUCACCCCGUAUACGCCUCUUCUACCUUUUAGCACAGAUAGGUGAAAUAUACAUGUAUGUUACUGCUAAGCGUUUUGUUUGUUUUUCUUUUCUUUUGGUAUUCAAUUAAUUGUAUUUGAUUUUACUCGAUCGAACAAUGUGUCUUACAAGAAUUUUGCUCGCCAAAACUGCGUUCCUUAUUUAUGUGUAUUAAUUUGCAACGUUUAUUAUUCGAACGUUCUUUUGGUAAUAAAAUGGGGGAUUAUUUUGACUGGUAAUUUAAAAUUACUUCUGCUUUAGGGGAAACAAAAAUUUGCUUGCAAAACACAAGCAAACAUUCGUGGCAUUUUGUAAGAAUGCAGACUUCGCUGUUAUUUUUACCCAAACCUUUCCUUUUCAGCUGCUCUGAGUAAACUAAUUCAGCUACUAGACGCUCAAAUGCAUAAAUGAAUCAGGACAGGAAACAAUAAUUAACACAAAAAUGAGCAAUAUACAAUGAUGAUGCACGGCAUCAUAGGAAAAACGAAGCGUAGAUAACAAAGCAGCAGAAAUAAGUAGAACAUUUGUGUGUUAAAUAAUUGAUGCAGCAGUGGGAUUAUUCUAAAACCCGAAUCGACAACAUGGUUCAAUUGUUGAAAUUUGGAAGAAAAACGCAUACAGAAUUGGGAAUGGAAAAUCUGUUCGUGGAUCGUUUUGAAACGCAGGUCAGCUGUGCUUCAAAUUAUGUUGUUAAAAUAAUUUGGGCUAUGCGUGUCUCACAUGUGUGUGGGUUCAUCUAAAGAACAAACACUGUUGGGCGUUUACCUGACCUUUCUAAUUUACAUCAAUGGUUUAGGUGUACGAGUAAUCAAAUAAUCAAAACAAACAGCCAUUAAACUCUGCUGAUCUAUUUCCACAGUCGAAAGAGCGAUCCCCCCCGGGUUAGUUAUGUGUGCGCGCGCGCGUGUUUGUGUGUGUGAUUGAGCUACGAAACUAGAAUACUGUUUAGCAUAAAUGAUUCUGUGAGAGAGAAAAAAAGUAGUGUUUGAGUGAAUGCGAUUGUGUAUGCCAUUGUGAGUUUUUAGUCUCGUUGUCAAUAAUUGUGUGACUGGGCAGAGGUAGCCGAAUACGAAACAACUAUAUCAUUAGUAGGUAGUAGUGCCAGGUGAAUGUGAAAUGAUACAAUAAUAGCGCAAGAACGAAAAAUGAUUAUUCAAAUUCUAAUGAAAACCACCACAAAAUGUGUGUGGCCGGGUUUGUCUGCGAAAAGCAAGCAAAGAAGCAGAUAGUGAACGCGUUACAAGGGAAAUCAUUACACGAAACACAACCAAAAACGACUGAAUAUACUAGUUUACACGAAACGAAACGUUAGAAAAAAAGGAUGCACAACGCAACAACAAGAGGAAAGUGACGACGCGGCAACAGGACAAACUGAACACAUUGCGCAUAUAAUGCAGACCAACAUUGUUACUCUUACAUGUACUUUUUGGGUUUUUUUUUUGCAUUCAACAAAUUGUUGUAUUGCAGCUGAAUGUUAAAACGUUUGAUCUAUCCCCGCCGCUGGAUGGUUAAACCGAUCCUUCCCGGGGGUUUUGUUGUCGUGUCAAUGUCAAUGUGUCGUGACAAUGACGAUGCGCAACGGUGGUCGACUGGUGUUCUGUAUUUUAAAUGUAUAUUUUUUUAUUACUUUCGAACUUUUGUGUUUUAGCUCAAUGCAAUUGCGCAUAUGGCCGGCCCCACACAACUUUCAUUACUGUGAUGCUGUGUUAUAGGUGAAACACUAAACAAGCAAAAUCAAAACUAUUCUAGCGCCUAUGCCAUGCGCCUAUGCCCAAACUUGUAUAUGUACGUUACGUUGCGUUACAGUGGUGCAAAUGUAAAGGGCACUUACAACGUGUAACAUAUUGGGACGGAAGUGGGAACAGAAAGGCCCCAAAAGCGCCGCCGACAUGCGGACGUGUGUUGGAAACACAAUUUUACUACGACAAUUUACUCAGGUACCCGAUACGGACAAACACAACAAGCAAAAUAUUGUAAAAGAAACACUAGAGCAGGGCGAUGUGUGUGAGAGCGUGGUAAACAAAAGCGCCAUGGGCAUGAUGGCGGGUCUGACAGGGAGGAGAGCUACAUUACAACAUUCUACCGUACCGUAACAUAUAUACAACAAUAAGAAGAAACAAAGCAAAUAAUACAAAAAACAAUGCAAUACUACCACUAACUACACACUCUCUACUGAAGUACACAUAGGGAAAACAAACAUUUUUACUAAAACCAAAAAAAUACACUCCAAAAACACAAGUAAUAAACUUUACUGUAUUAGGAAAAGUUGGAAUUAACUAAAUUUAGCCAACAGAAAAGCUACACUGGGCUUAGACAGUCCAAGCGAGGGAGAGACAGAGAGCGAAAGAUAAAGAAAUCAACGAUACAUAAAAAAGACGACUUUAAUCUUAGUGUAGGCAACACAAAAACACACACAAACACAAGACUACUAGUUGAAUAUUACGUUUUUAGGGAAAAAAGAUCAGUACGUUUGAAAAUGUGUGUGUGUAAUGUUGUGUUUUACUAUUACAUCGGUAUCGGUAGAUACACAGUGUGUACAGGAAGGAACGACGAGGGAGGGGAGGAACGAACGGGACGACAAAUGAAUCUUAUAUAGCAAAACAAAUUGUAUGAAAUACGGAGUUAAGAUCAGUUAUGAUUUUCACACAUCAAUUGGAUUGAUCCAAUCGGUUACAGAUUUCUUCCGACACCGACUUGUUUGCUGGCCAGAUUGUUUAAGGCUAAUACGCGAAACAGGAGGUAGACUAUAAGGGCACGAUAUCAUCAUACCAGGGACAGAACAGUGACUCUGAGACAUUGAGAACCACAUUUAUAUGAAAUAUACUAGUAACGCAAAUAUUGGGGAAAACGAAACAACAAAAUCAUAAAAAAGAACAAUUUACCUAGCCUAGGAGGGCCUUUACACUACAAAAACACCUGGCGUAACGCGACAAUGAAGGGGCUGAUGAUGGAGGAGAGGGCUGUAGGGAAGAGGAGGGAAAUAUUAAACCAAAAAAAAAACAAAUAAGUCAAAUUUUUCAUUCUUGCUAAUAUUGUUGUAUCGAACCCCGUGUGUGAAAUCGAGAAUUGAGGAGGAGCACUGCGUGCACGAGAUGCAAUGUUUUCCAGGAGUUUUCAUAGCUGUGGGACACUUUAUUGACUCUUUCUAGUUUGAAAUGAACUUAAUCCAACAUGAAUUGGAUUCUAUAGCACCUUUGGUGGACAAAUCUAAGAGGAAUUUCCAUAGAGUCCAAUUUAAUUAAUUUCACUUCCCGUUAGAAAGAGGCAAGGUAAUGGCCAACAACUAUGAGAACCCCUGGAAAAUCCUGUAAAUAGCAUGUACGUGAAUGUAAUGUAAUGAGUGAGUGUAGCCUUACACUGGGUUGGAGAAGGUAUGAAUGUAUAGUGAUCAAUGAAGAGAUCAAUGCAAUGUGAAUGUGUGUAUGGUUUGAUGACCGUUUUACGUAUGAUCGAGUAAUAAUCGAACCAGCAGCCAGCAACUGGCAACUACAUCCUUGUUCAUUUGAAUGAGAGAGAGAGAAAGAGAAAGAGAGAAAGAGAGAAAGAGAAAGAGAAGAGAGAGAGAGAGAGAGAGAGAGAGAGAGAGAGAGAGAGAGAGAGAGCGUGUGAAUGUAAUGAAGCACUUCAAAUAUAUGAUCAGGGUCAUCUACUACAUUGAGUAUUUAAAUCUAUUAAACUUUUUUUUAUCUAUAUUAAAAUUACUUGGAAAUAUCCAAGUAUUGCCAUUUUAUGUCAAUUUUGAUUUGCGAUAUUCGUUAAAAUAUUACGUUAACAUUUUUCCUAAAUCAUAAUGGAACUACCUAUACUUUAUAUCACAUGUUUUAACGUUCAAAUGAAAUAUUGUAGCUGUCGUCUUGAUAUUUUGUUUAAAGAGAUCUUGAAAUUGGAAAAACAUAAUGUUUAGAAACCUGAAUUAGAUUUUGAUCAAUCAUUCAACAGACAGUGAAGAAAUGAUAUAUAAACGGUUUGAGAUUGCUUCAUUGUACCUUGAAAUAGAGACUCCAGAACUUUUAAAUUUUCUUUUCUAUGAUUAAAAUUACUUAACUCCAACGGAACGGAACAACGGAAGCUCAUAGUAAUGUCAACAUUACUUUAUACCGGUUACAUUUAAAUAGCUUAAAAAGAAUCAAUAAAACAGGCUGUAUAUUUUCCCAAAACGCGGUUUUGAUGAUGUGUGGUAGCGAGAAUGAGAAUGUAUGAAUGAGGCUCCUCUAGUAAUUUAAUGGUGUGCAUGUGAAUGGUGGUGUUGUUUUUGAAUGGGUACGAUCACGUAAUGUUUGCUGGGUAUGUAUGAUCGCGUUCGAUACGGGUGAACAUAUUGUGUAUAAUAAAGCUGUAUGUUAGUGUGCGGCAACAAAGCGUGUGUAUAAAUGAUUUUGAGCGCAAGUGUGUAUGUGUGUGUGUAAAUGCGAAUGUGUGCGGGCUGCUAAGGACUUCCUUUGUGGUGAAAAGUACAUAAGG